AUGGACGAUCAGGAAGCCGGUCGCGUUAACCGCGCACUUAAAAAGGCCAUCUUGCGUCGUAAUGAAUGUAUCCGAAAUAUACGCGCAAUACACGAGCUCGCGUGGCGUUGUAUUGAGGACGAGGAUUUAGUUCCACAAUUGGUGGUUCUUUUGAGUGAAGUAAAAGAAUUAUGGACAGCGUUCACAACUGAGAGCAACACAGUUAUUGAUUGUUUGGUUGAUUUAAGUCGAGAUUCCGAGUAUCCCAUGGAUCAGGUUGCAGAGCUACGUGAACUAACGUAUUCUCGUGCCACAGCCCACCGUUACGGAGAAGGCGUUUCGGUAGACAACGAAAAUUUAAGUGUGCGUAACAUGUCCAAUUUCAAACCGGCACGGUUGCCAGAAAUUCCAUUACCCAUAUUUCACGGUUGUUUGCGAGACAAAGCACUAGAAGCGAUAGCCGGCGUACCGGUGUGCGGUGAUAAUUAUCAACUGGCGUGGGCCAAAUUGACCGCGCGUUUCGAUAAACCGCGACUAGUAGCAUCCUCACUUAUCGAACAAUUAUUAAACGCGCCUAAGUCCGUAAACGAAACAUUAAUUGAUUUAAACAAAUUUUUAUUGACCUUUGAGGAAGGGGUUUCGGUACUUGAGUCAAUGAAAAUUCCGGAUCUGGGCGACUUCAUUUUAUUUUCUUUGGCAUCGCGAUGCUUGCCGUCAUAUUCAAUCAAACUUUUUGAAGCUCAACUUGCGAAUGGGUUCCCAACCGAUGAAGAUUUAUUGUCCUUCGUAAAAUCUCGUAUAAGGUAUUGGAGUGUGUACCCAGUGUAUCGCAGGCCACAGUCCUCAUCGUUGAUGACCAGUACGGGAACAUCGAAGUCGAACGUGUCGUGUCCCAUUUGCAAGGGGUCGAAUGCAGUGUCGACAUGCAACAAAUUUACCGGAUGGACCGUAGACGUUCGGGAAAAUUGGGCUCGUGAAAAUAGGUGUUGUUUCCGUUGCCUGCGCAUUGGCCAUUGGGCCCCGGAGUGUAAGUCAUCUGUGCAAUGUACUAAAUGCCCCCGUAGACAUCAUCCACUGCUACAUAGUACGCUGACUACGGUCAUCAGUGAUAGGGACAGUAACCCAACAUGUAAUAGUCAGUUGAUCCGUGAAGAAACCACAGCACAGUCGUCUAUUUUCGGUAGUAAUGCGCAAAAUUCAUCGUCUGUCGUUCUCGGAACCGCGCUAAUUCACAUCCGUGACUGGGGUGGUAUGUUGCACACCAAGCGCGCUUUGAUUGAUUCUGCGUCUCAGAUAAGCGCGAUCACCGUAGACUGCGCUGCCCAAUUGGGCUUAAGGGUGUCUCGUUGGACAGCCCCUAUUUCGGGUCUGUCCGGUACCUCAGUACAGAACGUCAAGGGGCAGGUAAACUGUAACAUACAGCCCAGAUUUGCGACCGACCAGAUUUUAAAAUUCACAGCGUGGGUAUUCCCUACUAUUACAGCUCAAAUGCCCAGCCUGCCGAUAUCCGAUCAAGUAGCCAAUAAGUACAAAAAUCUCGCGCUCGCUGAUCCUUCUUUGGUUUAG